AUGUCGAGAGCCUCGAACCCGCCGACACAGGUCCGGGGCUCUUCCGAAUCUUCUCCAUCCUAUGUUCUCGGAGAGACCCCGGUCCGACGCCGUCUCGUCCUGAUUCCGAGCGAUCAGCAGAAGCUUCUCGACCUCCCUGAAUCCUGGGCGACAGCGCACGCAGACCGAUCUCCGAAUGUACCCCGACAUGUGCUUGAAAAUCUGCAGAAAUGGCAUGCCCGACAAUUACGAGCGACACGAACAGACAGUCUUCGUCCAAUUGGCGUGUCGCAAGAUCCCAGCGAUGAGGACCAGCGGGAAGCGAGUCAAGCUGAACAUCAUUCUGAUUCUGUUUGGACUGAGAGUAGCCCUAGUCAUAAAUUCCCACCUCUUAGGCAUCAAAAUAUCGAAAGCAUCGAGGAGGAGAAUAUCGAAAACGUCGAGGAGGAAAAUAUCGAAAGCGAGGAGGAGGAUGAACAAGAGUUCCUCACACAAGUACCGCUAGAACCGUCGCCCAAGCCUACGGCAUCUCCUGCGUCUGCAGCAUCCCCCACUCCACGGCGGCGGAGCUUAUAUUACCUCCCAUCGAGCGCCCCGGAAGAGGAGGAUGAGCUUGAGGUUCAGGUGCCUAAUACCGUCGACGACAACGCCCUCGAAGUCAGCAAGCCAAUUGGUCUGAUAAGCGGUACACCGCCGUCCGCUCAGGCUCAGACUGUGCCAUGCACCCUCACCCAACAGUCCGAGGAACCAAAGGUCCAGUCCGGACGGAAGCCGGAACAGGGCCCACAACCACGACCAUAUAGGCGUGUUCCCGAGUUAUAUCAACCGCCCAAGGCUAAACCGAGACAGUCGCAUCUCCAUUACGAGGCCUCGAAUUUGCGGCAUGGACAGGCAGACGUUGAGAAGUCAUUACCAGCAAAAUUCACAUCCUCGCCAAAUGUGCCGUGCACCAUACAGGAUGAAGCUCGGCGCACGAUAUCGCCCAACAAGCGCGCCAGGCGAGACGCUACUCCCACCCGGGAAUCGUACAUCCAUCCCGAAGAUCUCACAUAUUCGACUUCGCCACCAGCUCGUCCGCCUUCGUCCGCGCAUCAGCGUUCAUCGGCGCCCCUCCAACCGGUACGCCCUGCGUCGCCUACCCCCCAGCCUCGGCUUCCUCCAGCCGUCAUGCAGGCCGAUUCAGCGCCACAGGGCCCCUUCAUCCGGUUCGCUAGCACGUACCCGUCUUACGGCGGGAGCGUGGGCGAUUUCGUGAUCGCCUGCAUAUACAUCCAGCUGCAGCAGAGGCGGAUACGCACGUCCUUGUACGAUGACUUCAUCCGCGCCUGGCACGAGGGCUACGUCACCUACGUGGCGGAAUGCGACGAGGCCGAGCCCCCCGCGCGGGCGAUGAACGCCAUCGACUGGUACAACGACAUCGACGACGACCCCCUGUACACGAGCCGGGUCGUCACCAAGCAAAACCUCCAGGCGACGCUCGACGCGUACCCCGACGAGCUCCGCGCCGCGAGGCAGGUCCUGGACCUGACGCCUGCGACCGCGCCGGCGGUGUCCAGCGCGAGAACCGCGCCGCCGACGGACCGCGUCGCGCCCGUGCCCUCGAGCACCCCGGCGCCAGCGGGCCGCGGUCUCCUCGCGGAGAGCGUAGGCGGCCCGGAUCCGGGACCUUCCUCGCCGCGCCUCCCUUCACCACGCCCUCUCAGCGUCGCGUCGCCGGGGCCGCCCGCGCCGGCGCGCCGGCCGACGAGCCCGGGCGAUUGGGAGCUGCCGGCCGCCGUGCCCAACAGCUCUGCACGGCGGCCCAGCCCGGCGCACCAGCCGACGAGCCCGGGCGAUUUGGAGCUGCCGGCCGCCGUGCCCAGCAGCUCUGCGCGGCGGCCCAGCCCGGCGCACCAGCCGACGGGCUCGGGCGACCGGGGGCUAGCUGCCGCCACGCCCAGCAGCCCCGCGCGGCCGCCCUCGGCAGCGGUCUCGCCGCCGCGCGAGCCCAGCUCCUCGCCCCUCCACGCCUCGGCCCGCAGCCUCACCGACGCCCACAAGCGCAAGCCUAGCGUCGAGCUCGGCAGCACUCCCAAGAAGCGCGCGACGAGCGCCGGCGCACCCCCCGCAGCGCCCAGCAGCAGCACAGCGCCCCCGGCGACGGCGAAGAAGAAGAAGAAAAAGAAGAAGGCCGAGGCCGUCGACGACGACAGGCCGUUCCUCAGGUUCGUGCAGAGGCGCAAAGCGCUGAGCUGCGCGGCCAGCUCCAGCGCGGCGCCUACGGCUACGGGUGCGUCGACGGCGGGGGGAGGGUAA